AAGAUGGCUGGCCGGCCUGGCACCCAAGCCGGAGGGCGUAUCCGUCGGCAACGUGCACCCCGGCGCUGCCACCAUGGUCCCUGGGUGGCCCCGGUGCUGGCACUGAGCUCCUCUCGCCGUCCCUCUGUGCCGGCCUCGGGUGCCUGCAGCCAUCUGCUCACACGCCGGGGCGUGGGGCCGAGGGUGAGGCGGCCCCCAGGAGCCCUGCACGGCGCUGUGGGGGGCCCUGGGAGGGAGUGUGGAGCCACACCCCGCCCGCCUUUAGCGACACGCAGGGUAGCAGGCUCUGACCAGUCACUGCGGGGGCCGUCACCUCUGCCAGAACAUUCUUGUGAAAGGGCCUCACCCUGCGGAGCGUGGGUGUGGCCUGUCGGGGGCAGAGGCGGGGGGCACAGGCCAUCUGGACAUGGACGGCGCACGAGCCCUGUGAUAAGCCCUUGGAGGGGAUGCUCUGAGGCCGCCUGGACAGGGCGCGCAGAGGACGACUUGGCGCCUGUGGACCUGCUGUCAUGCUGCAGACGGCGUCCCUGGAGGACCUGCUGUGCCCACACGCCCCCCUCUCCGGCGAGGACGACGCCGCCCCCAGCUGUGCGACCUCCUCCCACACGCCCUUCAAGGCUUUCCUCAGCCCCUCGGAGCUGCAUGCGCCCCGAAGCACCGACAGGAAGCUGCCCCCGCUCCUGAGCCCCCUGCAGGACCCGCUGGUGGACAAGACCCUGCUGGAGCCCAGGGAGAUGGCCCGGCCCAAGAAGGUGUGCUUCUCAGAGAGCAGCCUGACCUCGGGCGACAGGACCCGGAGGAGCUACUACCUUAACGAGAUCCAGAGCUUCGCCGGUGCCGAGAAGGACGGGCGCGUCGUGGGCGAGAUCGCCUUCCAGCUGGACCGGCGCAUCCUGGCCCAUGUCUUCCCUGGGGUGACACGGCUCUACGGCUUCACCGUGUCCAACAUCCCCGAGAAGAUCAAGCAGACGUCCAUCAAGUCCCUGGACGGCUCUGUGGACGAGAAGAAGCUGCGUGAGCUGACGCACCGCUACGUGACGCUCAUGGCACGCCUGGAGAAGCUGGGCUACAGCCGCGAGGUGCACCCGGCCUUCAGCGAGUUCCUCGUCAACACCUACGGCAUCCUGCAGAAGCGGCCCGACCUGCGCGCCAGCCCGCUGCACAGCAGCCCGGCCGCGCUGCGCAAGCUGGCCAUCGACAUCGUGCCCCCGAAGUUCCUGGGCGACUCCCUGCUGCUGCUCAACUGCCUGUGCGAGCUCUCCAAGGACGACGGCAAGCCGCUCUUCGCCUGGUGAGCCGGGCCCGCCGCCAGCCUCUCCUGCAAUAAACGUGUUUGUUCCAAACCUGGGGGCCGCCGUGCCUCCUGCGCGUCCCCUUGGCCAGGGGGAAGGGCCGCGUCCACGAGGGAGCGC